GUGCUCUGCUCCUUUCAUGCAAAUUAUGCUUAAAAGGUUGUAAUCUGCCAUGGUGGGGCAUUGGGCGUGGUACGACCGGUGCUCAAGUGCUGAGAGCAUGGCUGGUGAUUGAUGAUCAGAAAUGCUUUUGAUGGUCAUUUAUCGUACAUUUUGAUCUGCCAUGCUGUAAAAUGCUACUACCGUAACGGCACCGCAUCGCUGUUCUCGUUUCACGCGCAGUACCGCACGCUCACCGUGCCCGUGCAUCACCACAAAAUCACGAUUUACCAUAAAAAGACAAUCAGAAAAUAUAAAAGAAAGCGAUGGCUGACUCCCAAUGUCAAAACAAUGCACAAAGCUACGCGAGGUGGGCUACUGCAUCGCAGUGCCUCUUCCCCAACAGUACGACCACCAGCUGCGCACAGACCGUGACAUUCGCAACGCGCUCGACACGCAUCCCACGGUGGUGAUAAACGCGCACGUCACAAAGGUAAGCGACGGUGACACGUACCAUUGCUACCAUCUGUUUGAGGACGAGACGGAGGGCAAGCUUAAGAUACGCGUGCUCGGCAUCGACACGCCAGAGCGGAAGAACAACCAGUGGGACGGCCAACCGCUCGCUGAGGAGGCUACAACGGCACUUUCUGACAUGAUCUACCAGAAGGAUGUUGUUCUCGAGGUGCUGGGCCUUGAUAAGUACAGAAGGCUGCUCGGGCUGACGUAUUUUGAGGAUGAGAACGGGCUGUGGAGGUGUGUUGGUCUGGAGAUGCUGAAAUUGGGCAUGGCAACCGUUUAUAGGAGCGACAAGAAGGAGGGAACGGGGAUGGAGUGCCUGUUGGACAUGUUUGAGGAGGAGGCGAGGAGUAAAGGGCUCGGUGUGUGGGGACGCGAGGAUUACGAGGCACCUAGGGAGUACCGUGCACGUAUGAGAAGGAAGUAAAGGUUCGUUUGGUCCGA